AUGGCGGGAUUUAGGGACGUCGUAUUGAUCCGGAGGUUUGACCUGAGGGCGGACUCAAUAUCUGCCUUGGUUAAGCGAUGGUGUAUGGAGACCCACACUUUCAUUAUGCCGUGCGGGGAGUGCACUAUCACAUUGGAAGACGUCGCUAUGCAACUUGGGUUACGAGUGGACGGUGUUGUGGUCACGGGUCGAAGCAAUGUGUUGGAACCUUCAGUACUAUGCCACAGAUUGCUUGGAUGGUCCCCUAAUGAUGGGGAACGGAAUUUCAUAUGCUUGACAUUAAAAUGGUUGAGAGCAAAUUUUAAGGAGUUAUCGAGCACUGCCACUGAGUACGAGGUGAUGUGUGCUGCGCGAGCCUAUAUUAUGCAGUUGAUCGGGGGAUGGGCCACUUCUCCGGGAAUUGGUGCGAGCCAAACAUUAAUCAUUUACCGCCAAAUGAUAGAGGCAUAUGCCAGAGAGAAAUUCUUGUGGAUGUCGUAUUCUGCAAUGAACAUUGCAACCAUUAUUCCUCAAUGA